AUGCGGUGGGGCGGCACGGCGCACGGCGCGGAGCCCGACCACCAUGGCGUUCCCGACCGCGGCCGGCUGCAGGCCAGAGUCCAGGAGCUGGAGGCGGAGCUGCAGCAGGCCGUGGACCGGCACCAGGAGCAGCUGUCGGCGCUGCAGGACAGCCACCAGCAGCAGCUGCAGCAGCUCAGGGCUUCGGCCGACACCGCAGGCUCGCGGCAGGGCGAUGACGAGGCGGUGCGUGACGCGCCCGACGGCGGUGCCGCCGCUCAGCCGGUGGCCGCCGGACCCGACGCGGACGCGGUCGGCGCCCGACUGAAGCAGCUGGCCACCGAGAACGAGGACCUGCUCACCAGUCUGCAGAAGAUCACUGCUGAGGGAGAGGCACUCAGUGCCAGCCUGCAGGAGCGGACGGCUGAGAACGACCAGCUGCUCAAAAGCCUGCAAGAUGUGUAUGCUGAGAGGGACAGCGUCAGCGCCAGGCUGCAGGAGCUGGUUGUCGAGAAGGACGAGCUGCUGGCCAGCCUCAAGGAACUCGACGUUCAAAACCAGGCGGCCAAUGACCAGGUGCAGCGGCUGCACGCUGAUGCGACGACACGGGCGGCCGCCGCCGACGAGCUGGGCCAGCAGCUGCUGAAGAGCCAGCAGGACGCCCGUCUGCUCGAGCAGGCCAGGGAUGAGCUGGUCCAGAAACUGAAGCUGCAGGGGAAGGAGGCUGCUUCCCUGACGUCAGUCAGAGAUGAGCUGCUGGAGAAACUGCGGCAGAAGGAGCAGGAAGCGGCGUCUCUUUUGUCAGCUAGAGAUGAGCUCCUGGAGAAAGUGCAGGAGAAAGAGUCGACGGCUGGCGAUGAGCUGCUACUUAAAUCACAAGAGUGGGAGAGGGAGGCGACUGCACUGGCGACAGCUAGAGAUGAGUUGCAACACAGGUUGCAAGAGAUGGAGCAAGAGGCUGCUUCCCUGACGUCAGCAAGAGAUGAGUUGCUGGAGAAACUGCAACAGAAGGAGCAAGAAACCACUUCUUUGCUGUCAGCAAACGAUAACCUUCAGGAGAAAGUGCGGGAGAAAGAGUCGACGGCUAGCGAUGAGCUGCUACUUAAAUCACAAGAGUGGGAGAGGGAGGCGACUACACUGGCGACAGCUAAAAAUGAGUUGCAAAACAGGCUGCAAGAGAUGGAGCAAGAGGCUGCUUCCCUGACAUCAGCAAGAGAUGAGCUGCUGAAGAAGCUGCAACUGAAAGAGCAGGAGACAUCUUCCCUGACAUCAGCAAGAGACGAGCUUGCAGAGAAACUGCAAGAGGAGUCAACAGGUGGUCAAGAGCUGCUCUUGAAGCUGCAGAAUUGGGAGAGAGAGGCGACCUCACUGACGGCGUUGAAAGACGAGCUGCGACAGCAACUGCUGGAGAAGGAGCUGGAGGCUACUUCUUUGAAAUCAGCGAGGGAUGAGCUGCAGGAGAAGCUGCGACAGAAGGAAGGAGAAGCUGCUUUGUUGGUAAAAGAGACAGAGUCGGCCACCAAAGAGGAAAUACAGCAGCAUUUGCUAGAUAAACAAAUGUUUGAAAAGGCCAAAUGCGAGCUGGAGCAAAAGAUUGCGGAGAGAGAUGCUGAAAUUAUCCGACUGACAGUAAGCAAAGAUUCAGUGACUGAGGCAUUACAAGAGCACGAGGCGGUAGCGGCAUUGAGAGAAGAACUGCUGCAGGGCGAGGGAACGAGGGACGCCGAGCGCGUGGCCGAGCUGGAGGAGGAGGUAACGCGACUCCGCCAGACGCCCGACCCGGCGCCGGACAGCGCCGACGCUAGGAGCCGCGAGCCCGACCCGGAGCUGGACCGGCUGGCGGCCGACAGGCACCUGCUCACCAGGCAGCUGGAGGAGACGCGGCUGGAGCGCGACGAGGCGGCGCAGCGGGCGCUGAUGCUGCAGGAGCAGCUGGACGCGGCUGACGGCCGCAACGAACAGGAAGAGCAGCUGCGGUACGAGAAGGAGGAGCUAGACAUCAAACUGCAGAUACAAGACGCCGAACUUGCGGAGCUGAGAGUCAGGCUCAGGAAUGAGGAAAAGAAAGCGGCAGAAUGUGCUGAGGAAAUUGUAGAACUUUCAAAACUGCACGCCGAGCUCGCGGCGGUCCGUCUGGAAAGGGAAACUUUGUCAAGUAGAGUAAGCAUUAUGGAGAAAGAGAUGCAAGAACAACAUGACAACGCAUUGUCAGAAAAGGACAAACUAAAUAUGUCCAUCCAAGAGUCGGAUAGGCGGAUGGAGAAGCUCAUAUUGCAGAUCGAAGAAGAGAAGUCCAAGAACUCAGAAGUGAUACGCCAGUUCGAGAGUGUGCACCAAGAGCUGUCGGAGCACAAGGGGGAGCUGCUCACUUCGCAGGAGAAAUGUCGCCAGCUGGAGGCCGAACUGGAGACCUGCAGGCAGUCGUCGGAGCAGGCGGAUCUCAUCACCAAAGCGGAGGUUUCUCAAGCUGGAACCACUGAGGCGCCGGCAGACGCGUCGGACAAGGAGCGCCAAGACGUGGAUACCAAGGAGGUGGACGAGGUGGAGGCGGAGGCGGAGGCGUCGCCGGACCCCGGCCGCCUCUCGAGCCUGCUGGAGUCGGCCGACGAGCUGCGCCGCCAGCUGGACGAGCAGGCAGAGGCGCGUCGCCAGCUGGCCGCCGAGCGAGACGUGUGGCUCACCGAGCGGCACCAGCUGAUCGCGGCGCUCAGCCAGAAGCACGCCGAGAGCCUGCAGUACCACGCUGAGAUCCAGCGGCUGCAGGCGGCGCAGGCCGGCGCCGAGCAGGCGCGCGCCGCCGAGCUGCGGGACAGCGCUGAGCAGCACGACCAGCUGACCGCCCAGCUGCAGCUGGUGGCCUCCGAGCUGGCGCAGACGCGCCGCGCUCGCGACGAGGCGCUGGCGCAGGCCUCGCAGCUGCGGCCGGCGCAGGACCAGCUGCUCAUCGAGUUGCAGGAGCGUAACGCGGCCAUCCAGGAUCUGCGGCAGCAGGCGGCGCAGCAGGAGGAGACCGAGCGGCGGCUGCAGGUCGAGCUGCGCCGACUGCGCGACCACCUGGUGGCCAUCGAGGAGAACUACACGCAGGAUGCGCUGAACGCCGAGCAGCGCGCGGCGGCGCUGCGCGAGCGACUCAGCAGCGAGCUGCACCUGACGGCGGAGAGUGAGGCUGCCUCGCAGCAGAUCGAGUCACUCCAGGAGCAGCUGACGGUGGUUUCCCACCAGCGUGAUGACGUCACUCUGCAGCUGGAUGACGUCACACACUCGCUGACGAACCUGCAGCGUGUGCUGGAGCAGUUCCAGCGCGACAAGCGGCGAGAGAUCGAGAUGGCCACCAGCGCCGCCCAG